AACUAACCCAAUGAUUUUCAGUAUCCAGGGCAGUAAAGAAGAAAGAAAAGAACGAUAAACUAUUGAACGGCGUCAUUUGAUUAAAAACGUCGUCGUUUUAGUUGUCACAAAACUCCAUUGGACAAGCGUGCCGGUAAAUCUCUUACCAAUUUAGCGGAGAAAGUAAAAUGAAGUCAGCAUUGUCGCUAGCGAGCCCAAAGAAUCUCAAUCGCAUUCUGCGUCCUACAUUCAUCUCUCACAGAACCCAUUUCGUUCUCGCGAUCCGGGGAAUCUAUCCCACUUCCUUGGUUUUCGGGAGCAAUAUUGCUGGCCAUCGUUACGUGAGGCUCAGAGUGAUGGCGUCGUCUUUCAAGCCGGAGGAAGCCAGGGUACCGCCUGCUGUUCCCUUGCCCACCCCGCCUGUCACCAAGUUCAAGAUUGCGCUUUGCCAGUUAUCGGUGACGCCGGAUAAAGAGAGGAACAUUGCGCAUGCUCGGAAGGCCAUCGAGGAAGCUGUGGAAAAGGGUGCCCAACUUGUUCUGUUGCCUGAAAUAUGGAACAGUCCCUAUUCAAAUGACAGCUUCCCAGUUUAUGCUGAAGAAAUUGAUGCUGGUGGUGAUGCAUCUCCAUCAACAGCAAUGCUGUCUGAAAUUUCUGGCCGUUUGAAGAUCACUAUAGUUGGUGGCUCUAUACCUGAACGUUCUGGGGAUAAGUUGUAUAAUACUUGUUGUGUCUUUGGUUCUGAUGGAAAGCUGAAAGCGAAGCACCGGAAGAUACACCUUUUUGAUAUUGAUAUUCCUGGGAAGAUUACCUUUAUGGAAUCAAAGACUCUUACCGCAGGGGAGUCUCCAACUGUUGUGGACACAGAUGUUGGGCGUAUUGGUAUAGGUAUCUGUUAUGACAUUCGAUUUCAGGAACUGGCAAUGAUAUAUGCAGCAAGAGGUGCUCAUUUGCUAUGUUAUCCUGGAGCAUUCAACAUGACAACUGGACCAUUGCAUUGGGAACUAUUGCAGAGGGCAAGGGCCACAGAUAAUCAGUUAUAUGUGGCUACUUGUUCACCUGCUAGAGCUGCCGGAGCCAGUUAUGUGGCCUGGGGCCACUCUACUCUCGUAGGACCUUUUGGAGAAGUCCUGGCUACCACCGAACAUAAUGAGGACAUAAUUAUAGCAGAGGUUGAUUAUUCUGUGCUUGAGCAAAGAAGGGCGAGUCUUCCCUUAACAAAGCAACGGCGUGGUGAUCUUUACCAGCUGGUAGACAUCCAGAGAUUCAACUCUCAGUGACUACAGCAACAUAUGUUGUAAGACUUGUUUGACUGAUGCAAGAAUUUCAUUCAAAAUGUGGGUGCAGAUAUUGAAAAUUAUGUAACUGUCAUGGCUCUUGACUCUUGGAAAAUUGUAUCACCAUAUUUACUGCAAAAUGAAAGGGUUGUUGAAGA